UCCUGAAUUUCUUUUCGUUCUGUGGGAGUGGAAAACCUUCGCUAUGUUGGCAUCCCAAUUCUCAUUUGAUUACGAGUUGCUUCUAUAGAAGGACGCGGACGGUCGGUCGGUGGUCAGUGAGGGGCAUGGGCAAGCGUCUGGGAAACGUGCCCAGAGGCACUUCCACGUAAUUUGCAGAACAACAUUUUGUAUCGGAUGAGAAUGAUAUCAUUAUAUCCUGGACUACAGGGCCUGGGUCCUGCGGGUAGUGCGGAAGAUGGAAAGGGCUUUUCGGCUGCAGUGGUCUGCAUUAGGCAUGGGUUUGGCUCAAAUUUCUUGAGUUAGCUAAGGAAUGGCCCACAGAGUAAAGGAUCUGCCAUAUAUAGGAGUGCUUAGGUAGAAGAGAAUGGAGAGGUUGGAAUCAUCACUAAGCCUGACUUCCUGCACUAUAUGUGACACAAACUUUUCCCAGUCUCUCGCGUUGUCACAACACUUGAACAGCCAUGAUGUACAGUGGAGGUUAUAUUGGGUCAUGUACAUGCACCAUGUCAGUGGUCUGACAUGCAAACUGUGCAACAUCUCACACUCCAAUGUGUACAGUCUGGAAAGUCAUUUAAAGCUGGUGCAUUGCAUCAAAAAAGGCCCACAGAUAGAAUCGAGUCGACCAGCAAACAUUUCCGACGCACAAUCCACCCCUACGGCUGCAGUGGACGCCACAGACUUCUCCCUAUCAGCUGGCAGGCAGCGGAGGCAGGCAGAGCCCCGCGAUCUUGGGAUCGUUGGGAAAAUGACUGGUGCUAAAGGUGGCUCGGCAGGGCUGAUUCGCACGCCGGCACGAAGGAAAGGUACUCGCACGAUCACUGUUGGCAGUGCCCGGCCGGCACCGGGUGGGGCUGGUCCGGCAGCUGCCGCAGGUCGCAGUGUGGCAGGGCUGUCGCGGACAUUGGGACGCAGCCGGACGGUCAUCGCUCAAGCGGCCGGCGCUGGCGUCAGUGACCCAGUGGCCGGCGCGCCGCCCACCUCGCCGGCACGCCAGAGCGCCGGCGUCGGCCGCCGGCUGCCGGCCGCGCUGCUGGCGUCGGCAGGUGACGGCCGCCCCGACGCCGGCCCGGACCUCGACGACAUCACGGAGGUGGGCCGCGUGGUGUUCGUGCCGCCGGCCAGGCGGCGGCCACCGGUGGGGCGCGCCGACCACGGCGGCCCGGUAGCAGUGUUGUCGGACGGCGAUGGCUAUCAGACGGCCGACGUCGACGUGGAGGUGAUUGGGGUGCGGUCGGCGGCGCCCGGCCCCGGCCACACCGCCACCUGCCGUCCGAUGUCGGCGGCGCCUUGGUGGGACCCGGUGUACCGUCCUGGCACGCUGCGCCGGCUCAGUGAGCAGGGCGCCGCGCUGCAGAGCGAGCGCCAGCUGAACGCUGAGCAGCUGACGCGUCUGAUGGAGCGCUCGCAGCGCCUCAUGGUGGGCCGUUUCGAGCUGGUGGCGCGUGACAACAGCGGCCGCACGAUGCCCGCUCAUCGGCUGCUGGCCGAGCCAGUCGGCCCGCGUGCACCGGCCUGCGUGCACUGA